AUGGAUUCUGCUGACGUUGAGGCUUCAAAAAUGUACAUUUCGUACAACAACAUUCACCAGUUGUGCCAAGAAACCUCCGACAAAAUCAAGGAGUUCAAGCCUGACUUGAUCAUCGCUAUCGGUGGAGGUGGUUUCAUCCCGGCUCGUAUGUUGAGAACAUUCUUGAAAGAACCAGGUCAGCCAAAUAUCAGAAUCAUGGCCAUUAUCCUUUCUCUUUAUGAGGAUAUUGGAAGUGUUGGUACGCAAGUAGAGACCGUUGGAACUCAGGUGGUUAGAACCCAGUGGAUUGACUAUGCGCAGUCGAAGGUUGACUUGGUCAACAAAAACAUUUUGAUCAUCGACGAGGUCGACGACACAAGAACCACCUUGCAUUACGCUGUGUCCGAGUUGAAGAAGGAUGUAUCUGAGCAAGCUGCUGCUCUUGGAGCUGAUCCCAACAACACCAAGUUCGGUGUUUUUGUUCUCCACGACAAGAUAAAAACCAAGAAGGCCGACUUGCCUGAUGACAUCAUGAAGACUGGUAACUAUUUCGCUGCCAGAACCGUCCCUGACUGCUGGAUUGCCUACCCUUGGGAAUCUACCGAUAUCGUCUACCAUACUGAUAGAGCAUUGGAGCAGAAAAAUGAUGUUUUCCUUCCAUCCACAACUCAAUAG